CAGGAAAUUGUUAUGAUAUAUAAACUUAAAAUAUAUAUUUGUUCAGUUUUUACCUAACCAAUCCAAUGCAGGCAGCAGAAUGUCUCCUUGGAAUUCGUCAUUUGAAAUUCUGGAAUGGUUUGUGUGACGUCACAGCGACCGACGGAGGGCCCUUUGUGAUCUGACGGCCCAGAAUUCUCCCUGGCUUUCAUUUCUGCAGCAAGCAGGUCAAGAGUGGAGCGAGCAGAAAGGUUUUUGAACCCUGAAGAACAGAGAGAAACGAAAGCAUGUCGCUGCCUAACGAACUUCGCCUGAGACAGCAACUUUGCGACACGGUGAUCAGAGUGGGUGGCGGAGAGUUUUACGCGCACAAGGUCGUCCUUUGCAAAUGCAGCCCAUAUUUCAGGGCUCUGUUCAGCCACUGGUCAACACCAGACUGUGUGACCUUUGACAUCUCCGGUGUGUCAACCAGCCUAAUGUGUCUCAUUAUAGAGUUUGCCUACACAGGCUUUGUUCCUCUGACGAGGCAAAACGCACAGGAUUUCUUUAUAGCGGCAGACCGCUAUAACAUACCUGGCCUUUUACAAGUCUGCAGUGAUUUCUUAGAGAAGCACCUGAGCCCGCUGAACUGCCUCCACAUCUGGAUGCUUACAGAUGUGUUCUACCACCCCAAACUGAGAGAGAAGGCCCUGCUCUAUGCUCUGAGUCAUUUCGAAGAGGUUGUAGUCAACUGUGCAGACUUCCUGCUGCUGUCUGCACAGCAGCUGGUUCAAAUUAUUGAGAGUGACCUGCUCAUUGUAAAUAAGGAGGAGACGGUGUACGAAGCCGUCCUUAAAUGGAUCGCCUACGCACCUGAGGAACGAAAAGAGUCCUCCUCAUUGCUGUUUUCCAAGAUCAGACUGGCUUGGAUGUCUCCAAAGUACCUCAUAGAAAACGUGAAAGAAAGCGAAUUGGUGAAAACGAGUCCAGAAUGCCGAGCCAUACUCUUCCAGACCUUGAACCCGAUCUUGGACCACACGAGAAAGACCAGCUACAAGUCCUCUGUCUGCCCAUCCUUAGCAAAGCCACGGGUGGCGCCAGCCCUCCUGUUGGCCAUAGGAGGCUGGAGUGAUGGCAGUCCCACCAGUUUGAUUGAAGCCUUUGAUGCUCGCACUGACGGCUGGGUAGAGGUGGCCUACACCACGGAAACUCUCCGGGCUUACCAUGGUGCCGUCUUCCUCAACGGAUCGGUUUAUUGCGUCGGUGGCUUCGACGGUGUUGAACAGUUCAGCGCUGUGCACAGGCUCGACCUGGCUUCACACGCCUGGCAAGAGGUGUCCCCAUUGCACGCCAGCCGCUGCUUCGUCAGCGUGACCGUGAUGAACGGGCACAUAUACGCCUUGGGAGGUUUCAACGGACACGAACGGCUCAAGACCGCUGAGCGCUACGAACCAAGAAGUAACCAGUGGACUAUGAUAUCAUCAAUGCAUGAGCAGAGGAGCGAUGCCAGUUGCACAGCCCUUAACGACAGGCUGUACAUUUGUGGCGGCUUCAACGGGGUGCAGUGUCUAGCCACGGCUGAGUGUUACAACCCACACACAGACCAGUGGACCCUGAUAUCCAUCAUGAGCAGCAGGCGCAGUGGAGUCAGCGUGGCUGCCUACGCUAACCACAUCUUUGCAGUUGGCGGUUUCGAUGGAGUGUCACGUUUGAACACGGCCGAGGCCUACAACCCCUCCACCAACACCUGGUGCAACGUGCCCAGCAUGCCAACGGCCCGCAGCAACUUCGGCAUCGCCGUGAUGGACGACCACCUCUUCGUCGUGGGAGGUUUCGGUGGAAUCACCACCAUCCCUAAUGUCGAGUUCUACGACAUUAAGACCAACACGUGGUUCGCUGCCAGCGACAUGAAGAUCUCCCGCAGCGCUCUGAGCUGCUGCGUGGUGAACGCGCUCAACAACACGGCUGAUUAUGCUGCCCGUCUUAACCCUCAGCGCUGCCGUUCACCUUCUGAGGAGGAAGAGGGGAUGGAGCAAUAAAAUCCAUCCACUUCUACUGUGAAAUAAAUUUCUCUGUGUAAAACCAAUGUGCUUUUUUUCUUUGUUGUUGGAGGCUCAUAGCUCGUGUCGGGGGUUUAUCGGUUUCAUGUUAUUAGAGUAUUUAAAAGAAGAAACAGAAUAUUCUGUUCAUCCAUUCUCUAUACUUACUU